AUGACCUGGGAGGACGCUGUUCGUCACGCCCGCGUGCCCCGCUGCGGAGGUACAUUCUACGGCGACAACAAGAAGUCACCAUGCAAGCCCAUUGCGCGCAACGACGGCGUCGUCGUGUGCUGGUGGUGUAACCGCUGGCUGGGGACGUUUGAGCUGCGCACCCGCUCGGCAUCCACGUCGUCGACGUCGAGCGCGAGCGCACAAUACGUCUCGGGCUCGGAGCUGUCUGUCGGCUCGAGCGCGAGCCCCGUGUCCAGUCCCCGGCCAGACCACCACCACCGCAAGAGCGUGACCGUCAGCCUCGCGGGCUUGCUCGAUGCGGCCGCGCCACCGUCCCCACCGCGGUGA